UAGCUAGCUGUUUUUAGGCCUUAGCAGCUUUAGAUAGGGAAUAGAAGAGAGACUGUGAGACACAGAGUAUUUGGUAUUUAUAUCUACAAAUAAUAAUAAUAAUAAAAAAAAGAUUAUAUAAAUAGGCUGCCUCUCCAGGCUCUUCUCUUCUUUUCUCUUUUUGCUGAACUGCUUUCUCUGCUCACUGUUCUAUAAUCAUAUCAUAUCGUAUCAUAUCAUCUCUCCCCAAUCCAAAUUCGAUUCGAUUCAAUCCAAUUUCAAUUUCAUAGAAGAACAAAGGUGAAGCGGAGAUGGGGGAUGAGAAAUCCAUAGAAGAACAAAUAGGGAAAGCAGUGGAAGAGGCCAAGGACUUGCAUGACGCCGCUGUCUCCUUCGUCUCCAAGACUUCCACCGACGAACAAUCCCUUCGCCACCGUGCUCAAUCGCUCGACUCUUCCUUUCGCCGCCUUCGCUCUUCCCUUUCGUCCGUCACUCAUUCCGAUCCCAAGCUCGCUGAAAAGCUCGAAGAAGAUUUGCACCGCGCUAGAUGUCUCCUCGCCGAUGGAGACGCCGCUUCUUUUCUUCCUGCCAAAGCUCACGGUCGCUUUCUGAGAAUGUUUCUGGGUCCUAUUAAUGUCCGUGCCUCUCGCAAAGACAUUCAGUUGAAGGUCAAAGAGGAGUACAACAGCUAUAGGGAUAAAACUGCCCUCCUGUUUCUUCUAUUCCCAUCCCUUCUGCUUAUUUUAAGAUCUUGGAUUUGGGAUGGAUGCUUGCCAGCAUUCCCAGUUCAGCUAUACCAGGCAUGGCUAUUGUUCCUAUACACAGGUCUGGCAUUGCGUGAAAACAUACUUAGAGCGAAUGGAAGUGACAUUCGUCCAUGGUGGAUAUACCAUCACUAUUGUGCUAUGCUCAUGGCCCUUGUUAGUCUCACUUGGGAGAUUAAAGGACAGCCAAAUUGUUCUCAGAAACAGAGAGGUGUGCAACUUUUCCUACAAUGGGCCAUGAUGCAAGGAGUAGCUAUGCUUUUACAAAAUAGAUAUCAACGCCAGAGACUCUAUACUCGUAUUGCAUUGGGAAAGGCUAAGAGGAUGGAUGUCGUUUGGGGAGAGACUGCCGGUGUAGAUGGCCAGUUGUGGGUGCUCUGUCCUAUACUUUUUAUUUUGCAGGGUUUUGAAGCGUAUGUUGGACUACUGUUGCUCAGAACCGCAUUGGAUGGGGUUGUUUCUGAAUGGCAGGUGAUAUUUUGUGGGAUCCUUUUGGUGCUAAUGGCAGUUGGCAACUUUGUAAAUACCGUACAGACACUGAUGACAAAAUCAAGGUUCAAGGCAAAGAUGAAAAGAAGCAAGAGCAAGCAUGAAUUAUAGUAUUAUUAUUGUUAUUAUUAUAGUAGGGCAUUCAUUCUCCAAUCCAAUCCAAUCCAAGUUGUUAGAAUCAGUCGAACUCAGAGCUUUAUACAAUCUUCCAACUUUUUUGUGUUGAUCAGACAAGUUGUCAAAAGCCUCCAAAGCCAGUGGAAGUGUCUUUUUUAUAAAAAAGAAAAAGAAAAUAUGUUCAUUCUGACAUUAAUACGGAUGUAUGAUCGAUGAUCUGAUCUGAGCCAUUUACAUGCUCUUGCAUGAAGUAGUAGUUUUCUGAUA